CUUUCUCUUCAAGUCUCGAUCAUUAGCAUAAGCUAUUCGCUUAUGUAACGGCGCACUUUCUUUUCAAAGCUCGGCUCCAGUGUGCCAUUAUUCUUCGCUCAUUACUCGGCGAUGUAAUCCAUUUCAGUGAUUCGAUUAAAUGAGAUUGUACUCGGUGCCACUGUCUAAACGAGAGAUCAAUAUUCGAUAAAAGUGACUUGAACCUUUCGGAAUUUUCAAGCGGCGAGAACUUUGAUUAUUAGAAGUAUGAUCGCUUCCUUAUGUUUGCAGUGGCAUUGAGAUGAAAAAUAAAUUAUACCUAUAUCUGUCAAAUGGAAUCGGCAAUGUUCUUUGAUCCAUCGAAUGUUUUGCGAGAUUUUACGACACUGACAAUUGGAAAGAGCGACUUUUAGGCGUGACAAGGUCCUGGGGGAGCGAUACUCUUCGCCAGUUCCGGGACAUCUUUCAUAUUUAUAAAAACCCGUUUUCUCGAAUCGGAAAGCAGAAGAAGGAAAUUAAUUGCGUCUUAUAAAAUCUGAAUUUCAUGAUCAUCGAAACGCGGCACUGUAUUAUUGGAUUGCUCUACAGUUUGAUAUGGAAACAGUUAGACGAAUUUAUAAAUACAAAUAAUGUGAUUUUUCCUAAAGCAAUACAAAUAGCCAGAUUUAAAUAUAUCUUAAUUUUAAGAUAUAUUUAAAACCUGCAUAUAUUUAUUGUAUCAAACGCUAUUUGAAAACAUUAAUUAAUCGAUUGGCCAAGCGCAGAAGUAGAACCAUCUAUUCAACAUCUGCAUCGUCGUGAUCUUAUCAAUUCGUAAAAAGUUUCUCCCGAUGAUAAUUUAUGAGUCCACUCGUCUGCGAUCCUCUCGUCAGUUAAUUUCAAUUCUCGCCAGAUGGAAUGUUUCACCAUAAACAGAUUUCGACGAAUCGCGGCGUGAUGCAACAAGAGAGCGAUGCAUGAUAGAUUACCCACUUUGAUCCGUAGAAUUUAGUUAGUUAGCCCAGCGCACAUUAGAGCCACGCGUUUGCAUUAACGCGUCCGCAUUAAGAUGAAUCUGUAUUGCGCAACGUGACAAUCACCGGAUAGACCUUUCAUAGAAGACCACCGGAUUAAGAUCCUCAACGAGGAGGAUACGCAAGAAAAGGGAUUCGCGCGUAACCUUUAGUGGGAUUCAUCUCUCGAAGUGCAGUUGCAAUCGAGAAGACUAAACGCUUGAAGCACCAUUGGACCGAAUUAAAUUAAAUACAAGGGUUUGCGAUUCAAUCUGUGACUUAACAAGUGACAAUCGCACAAUUCUCGAGGUCUGAAUUCUCUGGCGAAGAACAAAGAUCAGGUCUCUUUCAGAACGUCUGUUAUGUGGCGAAAGAAGUUGUUCUUCGCGGAAGAAGUCGCAAGUCGAGCAGAGAUUUAGGUAUCGAACCUGUCGCGAACCGUACAGGUGAAACCUGCACGGUGUACCCUCCCAGCAUCCGUUCUCUGCAUUCUUGCGUGAGAUUCCCGGCCCCGUUACGACGCGGUCGUUGUGCCAUCAUCUUACGCGGGCGGCGGGGUAGGCGGGGGGUCGUUCGGUCCCUCCGCCGGUCGAUUAAGGAUUUCGACACAUGGACAUGAACAUUUUGGCAGCGUGAACGAUGGUAGGGCGUAAUAAUUCGGCGAUCGCGAUUCAGCUGUGUAUAUAUUCACCAUCGUUCGUACGUCGAAUCAGUCCAGUGAGCCAUCUCAACUCAGAUCCUCACCUGUCUUCGAGAAGAAAAAAACCGAGAAAACUGCUAAUCAUGAAGCUGAUCGUUGCCUUCGCCGCCGUCGUCGCUGUCGCCCUCGCUGCUCCUCAGGGCCGCCUGCAGGACCAAGUAGUUCUCGUGAAAGAGACGCCAUCGGACAACAUCGGCCUGGAUGGAUACCAAUUCGGCUAUGAGCUGUCGAACGGUGAAUCCCGUCAGGAAUCCGCCCAGUUGGUGAACGCCGGCCAAGAAAACGAGAGCAUCGCCGUCCGCGGUAGCUACAGCUGGGUCGACCCGGCCACCAACGUCAGAUACACCGUCAACUACGUCGCCGAUGAGAACGGAUUCCACCCCGAAGGCGCUCACUUGCCAUCCGUCUAGAUUCUAGCGCAAAAUUAAUUGUAAAUACCACGGCCCAAAUAUUUCCCAGUCAUUGAAUAAUUGCAGCUACGCUCGGAGUAUUGUUGGAGAACUUCCCGAACUUCUCCUCCCGAUUUUGUAGCAAUCCUGUGACAAACUUAUUGUUAGUGCUAAUAAAUAAAUUGAUUUUUACAUAAUU